UAUGGCAAAGUUAUCCAAAAGUGUCGAUUUUUAAUAUUUCCUCACUCUGUGAAUCAGAAGAUUAUCUACGAAAUAGAAAAAAAGCUCUAUAGAAACGCUCGGAAUAUACAUAGAAAUGAAAAAGUGGAAAUGUACAGGAAAAAACAAGUGUAUUUUGGAUGUUUUCUUAGUAUGGAAGCAAAAUCUCGACUCUGACCUGUGCAUGAAAACACAAUGCGUUCACUUGAAGAGUCUUUCCUUGAAAGAACCAAACUAACGACAGCACAGAAAGAUUUCUGCGUCUCAGAAACCAGGUUAUCCAUGUCUUUUCUUGUUCAUUUGCAUUGCUUCUGCCUUUAAAACUGCCCUUAGAUCUCAUUUCAUCCAUUUGAUUUGUGACAGGGCUAAUACUAAUUCUUCUAUUUAAAAAAAAUGAAUCUGCUGGUCUUUAAAAAAAAACACAGAGCAUGUGAACUUAAGUGACUCAAACCCUUUUAAAGCAAUUAUGCAAGGCAUGCCGAAAGCAAAACGGGUCCAGUUUCACUUUUUUAUUUCGUGCAAUGCCAAUUAUUUUUGGUUUCUCCGAGUUUUUAGAUAAGACCCGGUUCUACGUGCUCUGUUUGGAUUUGCCAGUUGUCAAAGUCUCUUUUUCUCUGACCUGAGCGUGUUUUUCAGGGUUAAUGUGAGUGAAAGUGAGCGUAAUGGAAGCGGUCCAUUAGCAGCCUCCUGAAGUGUAAAUAAGCUCAUAAAUCUUGCACACACAUGCACUUACACAUGAAUGCAUGCAUGAGGAACACGAGUGUGAAAUAUAACAUCACAUCUAGCACGACGUGAUCGUGAGACGCUGAUGAAGACGAACUGAAUGCAGCCGGAUGUCGCCGGAAGGGUCCGAAGGGCCACUGAAUGGACGCUGAGUGUCCUUUAUCUCCAGGGAACGCUGUCUAAUGCGUGCUUUUCGGAGGCUUUCUUGCAGCCAAGACAUUGCUUUUGAAGGAAUGAGACGGUUCUGUCGCAGAAAUGUGUUUUUCCUGAAAUGCAGGCGAAAUUAAAGCAGACGAUCUGAGCAUCUGAGCUCUUCACCAGGCAUUUUCCUUCCUUUUGAAGCGGUUUGGAUGGAUUUCUGAUCGUUCUGGGUAUCGAGGGAUAGAGAGAGACGAAAAGAAAGCGCAUUUGGACGCUUUCAGGACAAAAAACUCAGAGUGAGAAACGGAUCAAGGACUCUUGAGACGCUUGAUCAUGCCUCGCUGUCCUCAUCUUUUGGCUCUUCUGCUGGUUUAUUCUCCUCCAGUGUGUCGUGGUGAAGCUCAGGCUGAAGAGCGUCUGCUGAGGUCUCUGCUCACAGGAUACAGUAAAGUGUCCCGUCCGGUCCAGAACGUCACUCAUGUGCUUUACGUCCGCUUCGGUCUGUCCAUCGCUCAGCUCAUUGAUGUGGAUGAGAAAAAUCAAAUGAUGACCACGAAUGUGUGGGUGAAACAAGAAUGGCUGGAUCACCGGCUCCGCUGGAGGCCUGCAGACUACGAGAACAUCAGCUCGGUGCGGAUACCAGCACAGUUCAUCUGGAGGCCGGAUAUAGUGCUGUAUAACAACGCUGACGGCGAUUUCACCGUGACCCACCUGACCAAAGCUCACCUGUUCCACGACGGACGGGUGGCCUGGAUCCCGCCGGCCAUCUACAAGAGCUCCUGCAGCAUCGACGUCACGUUCUUCCCCUUCGACCAGCAGAACUGCACCAUGAAGUUCGGCUCCUGGACGUACGACCGCGGGAAGAUCGACCUGAUCCCCACGGCCUCCGGCGCGGACCGCACGGACUUCUGGGAGAGCGGCGAAUGGGCCAUCAGCAGCGCCUCGGCCACCUACAACCUGAAGAAAUACGAGUGCUGCUCCGAAGUCUACGCCGACGUCACCUACUCCUUCGUGGUCCGGAGACUCCCGCUCUUCUACACCGUCAACCUCAUCCUUCCCUGCCUGCUGCUCUCGUGUCUGACCGUCCUGGUCUUCUACCUGCCUUCGGACAGCGGGGAGAAGGUGACCAUGUGCAUCUCAGUGCUGCUGUCGCUCACCGUCUUCCUCUUGCUCAUUACCGAAAUCAUCCCGUCCACGUCUCUGGUGAUCCCUCUGCUCGGCGAGUACCUGCUCUUCACCAUGAUCUUCGUGACCCUGUCCAUCGUCGUCACCGUGUUCGUGCUGAACGUGCAUCACAGGUCCCCAGAAACCCAUUGCAUGCCCGAGUGGGUGCGCACGUUCUUCUUAGACGUCCUGCCGAGGUUCCUCUUCAUCGAGAAGCCUCCUGCGCUGCGAAGAACGUCUCGGAGGAGGAAGAAGAGCAGCUCUGCUUCCCUUUGGGACGACGGAGAGAAGAAGGGACCGAAGGGUCAUUUGGUGCACGCUGCCUUCGUGCGUUCGCCCGCUCCGAAGGCCCGCUCGCGCAGCGUGGAGAUCAGUCCUGAGAGAGCGAGAACGCGCCAGAACGUGCGUCCAGCUCUGUCCGCUGCACAAACUACAUCAACGGAGACCCUCCAGCGGCGCCGGAGGACACCCGUCUCAUGCCGCGCGGCUGGCCAUCGAAGGCGUCCUGGACAUCGCCGAGCACCUGCGAGCCCAACACGCCGAUUCCUCCGUGAGGCAGGAGUGGAAGUAUGUGUCCAUGGUCAUCGACAGGCUCUUCCUAUGGAUGUUUAUAUUAGUGUGCAUUCUGGGUAUUGUAGGCCUCUUUCUCCCUCCGUGGUGGGCUGGAAUGAUCUGAUGAUCAAUCUCAUCAUAAAUAAAUAAAUCCACAAAAUAAUGAAUAAUGAAUAGCCUAUCGUGAUGUUUAUAAUAUGUAAAUAUAAUUUAAUAUACAAAUUAAAGAAUAAAAAGAAAUAUAAUGUUCUCCAAAUUUUAAAUAGUUCACUUGUUGAUGCUGUUGUCCUGUUUUUCUGUUGUUAAUAUUGUGUUAAUAUAUCCUAAUUAUUGUUAUUA